GGGGUUGUCCAGGGUUUGUCUCCCUUGAUUGUCGAUCACUACACCUUCACCACUCAUCCCACUAUUCAAACCGAUCAAGGAUCCCACCUUCAAUGGAAAAUUCAAGAAUGGAAUAACCAAAUAUGGAAUACUAUUGCCUCUCCAAGCUAUAUAUAUCAGUCUAGCCGAGGCCAAAAUGGGCUAAUCACAAAAUCAAUAUAUCCUUGCAAAAUGGGCUCAAUCGCAUUCACCAAUCCUUUGUUCGAACCCAUCCGUCUGGGGGCUUUGACUCUCAAGCAUCGUGUUGUUUUAGCACCGCUCACGCGGAUGAGAGCGAGCAAGGAGUCUGAAGGGGUAUAUGUCCCAAAUGAGCUCAAUGUUGAGUACUAUUCGCAGAGAGCUUCAGAGGGAGGGUUUAUGUUGACCGAGGCGACACCGAUUAGCAGAUAUGCUGCUGGAUACCCAGGAGUACCUGGCAUCUUUACAGCCUCGCAAAUCGCUGGCUGGAAGAAGGUUACCGAUGCCGUGCAUGCUAAGGGUGGUUAUAUUUACUGUCAGCUGUGGCAUGUUGGCCGCGCCAUGGUUUCCUCCUUCAUUGAAGGAAAAGAAGUUCUUGGAGCCAGUGAGAUCCCAAUCAGUGGAAACGCACUCGAUGGAUCUGAGUACGCAGCCUCGCCACCUCGAGCCAUGACUGUAGCGGAAAUUCAAGAUACCGUGCAGGAAUAUGUUGCUGCUGCAAAGCGAGCCCGAGAGGCUGGAUUUGAUGGCGUCGAAGUUCACGGCGCCAAUGGAUAUCUCCUUGACCAAUUCCUCCACGACAAUGUUAACACUCGGACCGACGAAUACGGUGGCAGCAUCGAAAAGCGAUCUCGCUUCGUCAUCGAAGUUCUCAAGGCCGUGACUGCCGAAAUAGGAGCGGACCGCGUCGGCAUUCGCUUGUCGCCAUACAAUUAUUUCCAAGACACACGGGAUUCCAACCCAAACGCCAACUGGCUAGCUCUGUGUUCGCAAAUUGCUGAACUACCAGCGGAACUGCGGCCUGCAUACGUGCACAUGGUCGAGCCUCGGUUUGACGAGGUGAUGGAUGAAGCGUCCAAAAUUGACUCCCUGGCUUCGGAUAAGCCAUCACUAGAUGUGUUCCGGCCAACACUCAAGAAGGGAGGAAUCUCAUUGCUGGCGGCUGGAAACUUUGACGCGGAGAAUGCAGGUGCGAAACUUGCGAUUGAUGGAGCGGAUGCUGUUGUGUUCGGUCGUUAUUUCAUCUCGAACCCUGAUUUGCCGCGUCGGUUGAAAGAGGGUUUGCCUUUGACCCCUUACGAUCGCACGACAUUUUAUGGUGCUGAUUCUGCUGAAAAGGGUUAUACUGAUUAUCCUUUUUAUACUAAAUAG